AUGCAGCAGCCGCAGCAGAACCAACAGCAGCAGCAGCUGCAGCACGGCGCAGAUGCAGCGGCAGCGCUGUGGCAGCAGCAGCAACUACAGCAGCAAGUGCAGCAGCAGCUGCAGCAGCAGCUGCAGCAAGAAUAUGGAUUUCCCCCUGCCUGCCUGCCUCCACAGGCUCUGCUGCCGAAUGACCACACAUUUCCACAGCUGCAGCAGCUGCAGCAGCAGCAACACGUGCAGCAGCAGUUACAGCGGCAGCUACUGCAGCAACAUCACAUGCAGCAGCAGCUACAUCAGCACCAGCUGCAGCAGCAGCACCUGCAACAACAUCAGCAACAGUCGAGUCUCCCGGCUCCUGUAGAGCCGCAUGAAGCCCCGCACCAGCAGCAGCUUACACACGUGGUGGAGCAGCAGCAGCAGCAGCAACAGCAGCAGCAGCAGCAGCCGCAACGGAAGAAGUAUUGGCAUGAAAUUAAGGUCGAGGUGUGCGAGCGAGUAGCGCCUCCACUGCGGGAGCGGCAGGUGUCUCCUGAUGCAGAAACAAACGAUGAAGAAGUAUUACUAUCAGGUUCUGCUGCAGCAGCAGCAGCAGCAGAAGCACUGCAUCCGAAAAAGACAGAGAUGCGUUUGUUUCUGCGGCGGCUGGGGGGCCGCUAUAUGACAGAGACAGGGAAGGAGGAGACAGCUUUGAUGGCUAAGCUGCAGCAGCUGCAGCAGGAGUUGAAUCGUGUGCAUUUGCUGAUGGGUAAGGGCCCCCCGCUGCAGCAGCAGAAAGACCCUCCCAAGUGUCUAUGUGGAACAGCUUGCUUAGAGGCUGCUGUUGCUGCUGCUGCAGCAGGAGCUGAUGUUGCUGCUGUAUUGCAGCAGCAGCAGCAGCUCCCGCUGCACGGAGACACUAUAAUGUCGGAGAUGGCAACCUUUCAAGAUCUUGUUAAUGAUGAACACAAGGAGAAGAAGAAAGGGUUUAGAAACUUUGCAGGUUUAUGCAAGAGGCAGGUAGAGGGGCAAGCAAAGAGGCGAGAGCAGCGGCAGGAAGAGCAGGAGCGUCUGAGGAAGCAGCAAGGAAAAGCAUUAAGUGCUGCUGUUGCUGCUUUUUGGCUUAAAGUUGAACAUAUUGUAUGGGAGGAUCAGAAGAGGGCGCUGCAGUCGCAGCUGCAGCAGCAAAAAGAAAAACACUUCGAUAGAUUUGUUAAAAAGGCGCUCAGACUCUCCAAAAGUAUUGCCGGAGGAAUACGAAGGGCGCAAGACGAAGGAGCCAGCAUAGGUCAGGGGGACGCUGAAACUGCUACUGCAGCAAACACAAAACAGCAGCAACAGCAGCAGCAGCAACAGCAGCAGCAACAGCAGCUGCAAAAGCAACGGCGUUCGAAAGAGAAAAAUGGCGGCGAGAAAACGAAGUUGAGCGGAGCCUCUUCUUCCUCCUCAGCAGCAGCAACAACAGCAGCAGGCGAUGAAGAUGACGAGUAUGAUGGUUCAGGGAAACAAGCACAGCAGCAGGAAGCAGAAGACAUGGAGCUAGAUGCAGCAAUGGAAGAUGAAGAAGAUGAAGGAGAAGAAGAAGGAAAAAGAAAUUCACAUCACGCAGCAAAAGACGAAGCAGGAGACCUCGCAAAAGAAGCAGAAGAACCUCUAGAAGAACUGCUAAAGAGGUACGGGUAUGCUGGCGUUGCUGACUUUCGGGAGAAGCGCAAAGAAGAGUUGAGCAGCGAAGAAGAAAAAGAAGAUGACGGAGAAGGAGAAGAAGAAGAAGAAGAAGAAAAAGAAAAAGAAAAGGCAAAACGAGAAGAACGAGAAGAGGAAGAAGAAGAAGACGAAGAAGAGCAUGAUGAUGAUGAAAAGGCCCCCUCAUCAGACGAGAAAGAAGCUGCAUCAGCAACAGCAGCAGCAGCAACUCAUUCAACGCCCACCCCACACAGCAGAACGCGCCCUCGUCGAGCAGCGAGUCGCCGAGUGCUGCAGCAGUUUGCGGCGCUUCAGCAGCAGGAGCAGCAGCAGGAGCAGCAGGAGCAACAGCAGCAGCAGCAGCAAGGAGGAGAUCAAGACGAAGAGGAGGAAGCCGCUGAAGGAGGCGAGAAUCUCGCUGCUCUAAUAGCAGAAAGAGACAAAGAAGAUUUAAAGUUUGAUGAAGAAAUGCAUUCAAGCGAUGAUGAGUCAGAAGCAGGAGCAGAAGACCUGAUGCACGAUGCAGAUAUUCCUCUUAGUGAAAUCCUCAAGAGCUACGGUUUCUCAGAAGUCAAUGAAUACUUGAACAGACGGGAGAAGGACCUGGCGGAGGAGAGAGAAAAAGAAGAAGAGGAAGAAGAGGCAGGAGAGAGUGAGGGAGAGCCUGCUGGCGCUGAUUCACAAAGCAACAUUGAAUCAGACGCACCUGUGCCGCAGCAGCAACAGCAGCAGAAGCAGAAGCAGCAGCAGCAGAAGCAGCAGAAGCAGAAAAAGCAGCAGCUUAAACGUGAAAAAUCAACAGAAGAAGACGCACAGGGGCUCAGAUCCCCUAAGCGGCGCCGGCACGGAGACUCUAUGAAGGUUGAGUGUGGUGGGGGGCUCUCGGAGCAGAAGCAGCAGCAGCAGCAAAAAGUGAAGGUGGAGCAGGACAGAGGAGGGCAUGUUGCUUCAUCUUCUUCUGUUUCUGAAUCGGCAGCUUCAGGAGCACCUGCACAUAUCAAGGGAAAGGCAAAGAAGAGCCGCCACUGCAACAACAACUCUGUGAAGCACGAGCAGCAGGAUGCGCAGGAACAGCAGCAAGAGCAGCAGGAUGAGCAGCAGGAUCAGGUGCAGCAGCAGCAGCAGCCUAACUUCAAGCCACUUCCUUUAUCUCGGCUGAUCCGCGCUCAAUUGAGAGAGUACCAGACGGAGGGUGUUGACUGGCUCUUUCGUUUACAUAAAGCAGGCGCGAACUGUAUUCUUGCAGAUGAAAUGGGUCUAGGGAAGACGAUUCAGACAAUAGCUCUUUUAGCAAAGAUGGCGUUGCAAUUAGGUGUAUGGGGCCCUCAUCUUGUCGUGGUGCCUACGAGCGUCUUAGAGAACUGGGAAACAGAGUUUAAGAAAUUUCUUCCGGGUUUCCGCGUGUUGUUGUACUAUGGAUCUGCAGCAGAGAGGCAGAAGAAGCGUCAGGGUUGGCUGAAGAAACAUGCAUUUAAUGUGUGUAUAGUCAGCUAUGCAACAGCAGUAAAAGAUGCUGCAAUAUUAAAAAGAAGGGAAUGGUAUUCGUUAGUGCUGGAUGAAGCACAAAACAUAAAAAACUUCAGCUCAAAACGGUGGCAAACAUUACUUACAUUCAACUCUCAGCAUCGGCUGCUUCUUACGGGUACUCCUUUACAGAAUCAUCUAUUAGAGCUUUGGUCUUUGAUGCAUUUUCUCAUGCCUUCUCUCUUCUCUUCACAUGCAGAUUUUCGUGAUUGGUUUGAUAGCCCACUGACAGCAGCAAUUGAACAGUCUCGAGUGCAGCGCCACCAACAACUUGUAGCAAAACUUCAUCAGGUGCUGCGCCCUUAUAUCUUAAGGCGAUUAAAGAAAGAUGUGGAGAAACAAAUGCCUAGUAAGCAUGAACAUGUAAUUCGCUGCCAGCUAACAAGAAGACAGAGAUGUUUAUAUGAUGAAUUUCUUAAUUCAAGAUCUGUACAAGGCUCACUGCAGCAGCAUCAAUAUAGAGGGAUGAUGAAUGCUUUAAUGCAAUUACGAAAAGUCUGCAAUCACCCAGAUCUAUUCGAAGCAAGAUCUACUAAAACACCCGUUGGUCUUCAAGAACUAGGAGUGCUGGAGCAAACAAUUCCUGCUGCUCUUUGUCUAUGGCUUCAAGAGCCCUGGUGCUUAACAAUGGAUGCCGCUAUGCAGCGUGUAACUCUUCCGGUGACGUCUCUGCUGCUGCGGGAGACGCACAGCAGCAAAUGGGCAGAGUUGGCAGCAGCAGAGUUAUCAUCCCCUCUUCAGGGUUUGUUUGGGGACCUUCCUCCUUUUGCUGCUUCAGAAGCUGCUGCUGCUGCUGCUGCUGCUACUUUUGCUGCUACUGAAGGCAGCGAGAAUGAUAGCGCGCAUGCAGAUCAUGUGGGGUUGCUGCUCGCUGCAUUUGCUUUGCCGGUGUUGAGGGAUACCCGAUCCCUCUCCGUUGCAGAUAUUCCGUUUCCUACAUACUGUCUUCUUCCGUCAGAACAGACGACAGACACAGCAGCAGCAGCAUCAGCAGCAAUGGGGGAAGACCCCCAGCAGCAGCAGCAGCAGCAGAUGAGGGGCUUGCUGCCUGGGCAGUGGUGUGCGACUGCUGAUUCUUGCUCUCCUGAACGCAGCACUAACGCCGGCUCUGCGUUUCGCUGUGACCCUUUAUUGAGGCCCCAGAAGGAGAAUCAGCAGCAGCAGCAGCAGCAGCAGCAGCAGCCGCUUAUGUGGGGCCCUAAGGGUUUGAUAGACGGCAGUUGGUUUCUAGGCGGUGCAUUUGGUCCUGCAAGCAUCCCUGAUAUAAGCGGGUUGAUGAAUUUUAAACAGAAAGAAGAAGAGGAGAAGCAGCAGCCAGCAGAAGAUGUGCUGCCUUUGCCUUUGAAGUUCCUGCAGCUUCAGGUGUCUCUUGAGCUCAACAGCGACGACGAGUUGCCGCAGCACGAUUCUGCAGCAGGAGGUGCAGGAGGAGGAUCAGCAGCAGCGCAGCAAGGAGGGCUCGUUCAAAGCACAACUGCAGCAGAAGCUGCCUUUGAGAGCAGCAGCAGCAGCAGCGGCCCAGGUGCUGCUGCAGUUCCUUCCUCUCGCGCAAUACGAUCUACAGAAGAUUACUUCCGACGAACAUCUUACAGCACGUUUCUCUUCCCCACGCCUUCUCAGCUCUGUCAGCGCUUCAAGCCUUUGCUUGAUCUUCUUACUUGCGUCUGCAGCCCCCGCGUGCAUGCAGAGCCUCCCCGAGUCUACUUGAGGGGUUCAGGUGGUAAUACAGCUCGUGCUGCAUCUCUGCAUGCAUUAGAAGGUGCUGCUUUAACUUUAUUAGAGGGUUAUAGACUGCGGGAGCCGCUGCUGCGUAGAGAAUAUCUUCCUACAUACGGCCUUAGAUGGGGCGACGUGCAGCUAGGGCAGUCAACAGCAGCAGACUUUCGGGCUGCAUACAGCGCUUUGCUGCAGAAGGGAGCAGCAGAUGAAGCUAACGGUGGAGGUGUACAAAUAGGAAAACAUUUAAUGCAUGUUUCUGCUUGUUACGGUGUAUGUGGAUCUCGUGCUGCUCUUUCCGUUGAAAAUGAUUACUAUAAUGAUCUUCUUAAAGGCCCUGCGCAUGCAGAGAGCUUUCUUAUCACCAACUACGCUGAUGCAGAUUGUACAGUAAAUGAAACCCUCAGCCGCAUGCAGUGUCUAUUCCCUCCAAAGCAACUCAUUCAAGACGACUGUGGGAAGCUUAUUGCAAUGGUGGAGAACCGGCACCGUCUUGUGAAUCAAUUUAACGCAAACCCCCGGAUAUUUUUGUUUAUUUCUUCAACACGCGCUGGAGGCGUUGGUAUUAACCUCACCGGCGCAGACACUGUUAUUUUCUACGACACCGAUUGGAACCCAGCCAUGGAUCGCCAAGCUAUGGACAGGUGUCACCGCAUUGGGCAGACUCGGGACGUGCACAUAUAUCGUUUGGUGUGCGAGCACACAAUUGAAGAAAACAUUUGGAGGAAACAACUGCAGAAAAGAUUGCUUGAUGAAAUUGUUGUUGAUCAGGGGUCUUUCACAACGACAAAUGCAGCAAGGAGACUGGGGACAGUUGAAGUUCAACAACAAAACGGAGACAAAGACGUGCAGCAAACCGAGUGGUUCUCCAAUGCUAAUACCCUCAAAGAACUCCUCACCGUAAAACAAGAACAAACAGAAGAUUUAUAUGUAGACCGUGUUCUUCACGAGUCCUCUACCGAUAUGAAUAAUUCUGCUUCUCUUCCUUCUCUUAAAACAGAGAAACACUCAGUUUACGAAUCUGUAAUGGAUGAAGUAGAAGACGUUGAAGACAGAGCGGCACUCAGACAAACCGCCAAAGAACAAAAAACCGUACUCCAAGAAAUGACCGAUGAUUUCCGUGAUGAAAACCAAGAGGGAGUGGAUGAGGUGACAGCUGCGCUGAACGAAUUGCCGGCGUUGGCAGUUUACUGC